UGGAAGAGCCCAUAAACACAGCUUGGCUCAGUUGUUGGGUUUUCUGGGAGGAAGCAGAAACGACGGAAGAGCAGCACGCACUUCUUCUGGCACGCAGAGGCUCCAGAACAGCAAGAGCUCUGUGAAAAGCUUUUUAUUUGGACAAAUCUAUCGCUAGUUUAGAAAACAAAGUUUGUUUCAUCCCCUAAAGAUUUCUGAAGUCUUGAAAGAUGGUAGGAGUAGAAACUGAAUCCUUGCCAAAUGGAGAACAACAGCAAACCGCUGCUGUUUUCUGGUGUUCUGUCUUCUCCUAGUCUUGGAGAUGAAGAUGACAUUCAGCCAUUGCUGAUGUCAGAGAUGGAAGCUUCCAAGGCGCCUCCAGAGUUGUUUCUUCCACCAGAUGUAGAAAAUGGCCGUGGUCCCCUGACUCCCCUUUUCAAGGUGUUGUCUGGCCACAGCCAUCAGGCACUGGAGGACGGCACCCCAAGACCACUACCAGAUGCCAGAGCCCUGAGAUACAUGAAGAGGCUAUAUAAAAUGUUUGCUACCAAGGAAGGGAUCCCCAAAACCAACAAAAACCACAUCUAUAACACAGUCCGGCUCUUCACUCCACAUGCUGAAUGUAAGCACCUGCCUAAAGGCCAAGUAGAAGGAGACCUUCACUCUGUGGACCUGCUCUUCAACUUGGACUGCGUUACUUCUAUGGAACACUUACUCAAGUCAGUCUUACUUUAUUCAAUUGAUAAGUCUGUUUCUAAAUCUUUGGCCAUCAUGUGCACAGGCAAUCUUAUUGUGAAAGAGCACGAUGUGUCCAGUCAAGUGUGUCCCAAUGUUCCACAUGCAAUGGCUUUCAGUCUAUACUUUGAGCUUAGACGCAAGUGGGUUGAGAUUGAUGUGACCACUUUCCUUCGACCUCUGAUAGCCUCCAACAAGAGAAAGAUUCACAUGGCUAUGAAUUUCACUUGUCUGAAAAAUGACCCAUCCCCUGGCUUUCAUCAGGAUUUCUUUAAUAUGGUGUUGGUAUCACCUUCUCUUCUACUGUAUCUCAAUGACACCAGUGAGCAAGCAUACCAUGGGAGGAACUCCCUCAAGCAAAAAAGCAACAACUCUCUGGGGCUUAAGCUGAAGAAGAUUCCCUCCACAGAUCCCAAUGAAAAGCCAGAAAAGGACUUCCAACAAAGCAAAAGAGCACUUCGUCAGCGGAGGGAUGAAGGCGGGGCUAAGAAAAACACACCAGUUCCAAUAUAUGAUUUAAGUCAGUACUACGAGCAGUUCCUCUUUCAUCAAAAUGAAUGUGAGCUUCACAACUUCUGGCUGAGAUUCAGCCAACUGAAAUGGGACAGAUGGAUAAUUGCACCCCACAAAUACAAUCCUCGCUAUUGCAAGGGUGAAUGUCCAAGGGUUGUUGGGCAUCGCUACGGCUCUGCUGUCCACACCAUGGUGCAGAACAUCAUAUAUGAGAAAUUGGACUCCUCUGUUCCCAGGCCUUCCUGCGUUCCUGCUGAGUACAGUCCUCUGAGUGUCCUGAAGGUAGAGCCUGAUAGAUCAAUUGUCUACAAAGAAUAUGAAGAUAUGAUAGCUACAAAAUGUACAUGUCGGUAAAGCAAACCAGAUUUAUUAAAGCUUGUAUUUCAGUCUAUAUUUCUAGAGUUAUCAAAAAGUAGCCUGCUGUUAGUUGCAAUGUAAGACUUAUGGAAUGGCAUGGCAGGCAUUUCCAUUUCAAUUUGUUUUUUGUUAGGACCUUCUAAUUUGCAGAAGACUAAAUGUGAGGUUGGGUGUAAGGAGGUUUCCUUGUUCUUGUUUUCAAAAUGGAAGAAUAUUCCAUUAAAUGUGUAAGAUUUUUGUGGGGGUGGGGGAGCACUGUAUUUCUCUGGAUGCAAAACAAGGAGAAUAAAUACCUGUCCUUUCAUGGCAAUUUUGUGUACUUCUUGUUUAGUAUUUCCAAUGUCAAAAAAUAUUUUUAUUUAAUAAAUUUUUAUGACAAGUGUCUAGGCACAAAGGGUUUUACUAUUGCUGACCUGUCAAUCACUUAAUUUUUAUAUUUAUUUUUAGUGAUUGAAACUGGUUGUCUGAGACAACUGCUGCUCUUUAUUAUGAUGACUACCAGAUGUAAAGGCUAUUUUAAAGCAAUGGAUAACCUUUUGUCAAACUCUGAAGGCUCUCAUGUUACAAAAGAAAGGAAAAUAGAGAAUGUCCUGGUUAUGUGUCUGGAGGUAUGCUUUUCUGGGACAUGACUAGGUAGGAUGUGUUUUUAGACAUUACAAAAUCUCUGUGUGAGGACAAUACAAAAGGCUAAAGCACUUCUGGAUACGUACAGAUUUGUUUAUACAUGUGCACGAGUGUAAAAAGUGUGUUGCAGUUUUCAACAAGCAAUGCAGACAUGGCCUCAUGCAAUCUUCAUACUAAAUUUAGCUUCAUGCAAACUUCCACACAGAAGUGCCCUCACACAAAUACUUUGUAAUGUGAGAAGUGGCCCUGCAUUUUAGAGAGCUUAAUUGGGGAAUGUAUCUUGUCUUAUGAACCUGUUCAGAAUAGAUUUGUAAAAUCUUAGAUUUGCCAUUUAGCAAUUUUUGAAUGUUGUUUCUAUUCUGGUUGGCUUAUGAACAGGGAACAUGAUUUCACUACAAGCAAGUUAAAACAUGAAGUUAUACUCCACUGCAAUAUUUUGUCAUACCUCUCAGUAAAAAGUGUGUUCUGCGGAGGUCAGCUAGCUUAAAGCAUUUUAAUAUUGCCUUUCUUCUGUUGCUGAACUGAAAUGCCAUUUGAGUGUACACACAAAUCUGAACACUUGCUAGAAAUAAAUGAAAAGCAGCUUCA